AUGCGAACAUUUGUCUCAAUAGCCCAGAACACAUGGGAAAUUUUUAUAUCUGAAAGGAAGCCUGGCUGGAAGUCUUGGAUGAAGCUUUUUGGAGUUUGCCUUGCAGUUGGCUUCCUCUCCAGCUUUCUUUUUUUCCUUGGCAUGCACUUCUCCCUGGCACACCACUCUUUGGGUCCCUUACUGAUUUCUGGAUUCAUCUGGAUCUUGUUUUCUAUCAUGCUCUUCUGUUUCAAGCACCUGCGCUGUUUUAGUGUCCUGUUCCUUUUUUCCUGUGGACUGAAAAAUGGCAGGAACGCUCUUAUUACUGCUGGCACAGGUGUCAUGGUGGCCAACAACAUCCAAAAUAUUUUUCACAACCUAAAAGUUCUGGCAGACACCAUAACCUGUCAUUUGAAGCAUGAGCAAUUUGCCUUGAUAAAAUAUUAUGUUGAGGCAGUGAAAUGGAUUUACGAGUCAGCCAAGCUUUCCACUGUACUACCUAAAGAUAUAGUGAUCUUAAAGCAUGAAUUCACACCAUCUUAUUCAGUUUCAGAUGAUGCAUUAAAACAAGAGCUAAAUGACACAAAGCAAGAAAUCCAGAGAGUUGCUAACCAGAUAUAUUUUAUGCUGACUAUACUGCCCUACAUAGGCCAGAAAGUGUUGCCUGUCACUGGGAUUUUUCUAGUUUCUUUUGGAACUGGCCUCUUUAUCAAAAAAUUUUUGGGUUCUCACAGUACCAAAUUUAAAAAUACUUAUAUCACAAAAGAGUUCAUUGCAUUUGAUGAGCACCAAAAGCAACAGCAGAAACCAUGUCUUUUGCCACUUAACAGAAAAGAAAGAAAAGAUUAUGUGACAAUCCCAUCUUUCUGUUUCACAAGAAAAGACAGGAAAAAAAUGCUGUAUUUUUUUCUCCCUGUAAUUAUUCAUCUUUGCAUCUGGCUUCUGUUUGCUGCAGUAGACUAUUUGUUUUAUUGGUUAAUUAUUUCUGUGAAUAAAUAUCUUCAAGAAGUACCGGAUCUAGAGAUUCAACUCAGCCUCUCUCAGAAUAGGAAUGAGAUUAUUAUUCAUAUCGCAAAGCAUAUUGCGAAGACUGAUUCUUUCAAGAUCCCUUUGUUUAAGCAUGACUGCAUCCCUCAUCCAGAGCUUGCUCUCUCCACGGCGUGGAUCCAGCUUGGGGUCAUCAUCUUCUUCUUAAUAACUUUUGGAUUAUUCUCUGGCCUCCUGACCCAACUUAAAAUACUUGUGUCAACUUCUUUUUAUCCUGACGCUGCGAUGAAACGGAUACAUCAUUUGCAUGCAAAAUUACUCAAGAAAAGAGCAAAGCUACAAGAGAAAACUGUGAAGAACAUGUUUGCUAGAAUGAUCAUAUUUCUUUCUUUUCAGGUCAGUUUUUGGUUUCCAAUACUCAAGGCAACAGAGGCAGUGUGGAAGAAAGAAAGGAGUGUGGCAAAAUGACAACAUAGUGUGAAAAAGACCAAGUGAAUCUUUGGAUAUGGCUGAAAUGCU